AUGUAUGGGGCAGCACGGCAGCAAGGGCGACAUGUCCUAAGAGCGCUCCGAACCCUCCCAUCCGUCUCAAUUCCCUCUUCCCGGACACAGUUUGUUCCUUCAAGCUCGCGGAAGUCUCUCGCCAAAUCUCUCGGUAUCAGACAGUUUUCAUCGACGAUCCAUCAAUGGCAACAAGCCCUCGCUGAAGACCAUGCUCGUGCGGAAGAUUUUGGCGCAGAGGACAUCUCAGCCAUCAAUCGAGAGUACACAAAAUUCUCAGAGCUCGCAGAUGCGGGUGUUAUUGACAAGAGAAUCAUCGACACUCUGGUCAACAGCAUGGGUAUCCACACAAUGACCGAAGUCCAGAGAAUGACCAUCAACGAGUGCCUGGACGGGACGGAUGUCAUUGCGCAGGCGAGGACGGGCACUGGCAAGACGUUGGCUUUUCUGAUGCCCAUUGUGCAACGCAUCCUCCGGGAGCCCGGGUUUGGCAGCCGACAGCCCUCAAUCGGAGACACGCGAGCACUCAUCAUCUCCCCCACGCGCGAGUUGGCCGAGCAGAUUGGAGCGGAGGCAAAGAAGAUCGUCCGAGGCACAGGCGUUCAGGUACAACUGGCUGUCGGUGGCACGCAGAAAGGAUUCCAUCUUAAGCUCAUGCAACGGCAGGGCUGCCACAUUCUUGUUGGCACGCCGGGGAGAGUUAAGGAUCUGUUGUCCGACCCUUACAAUGGACUCAGCUUGGAAAACAUCCAGACUUUUGUGUUGGAUGAGGCUGAUCGACUCCUUGAUAUUGGAUUCGCCGAAGAAAUCAGAGAGAUCCAGAGUCUCAUGCCCUCACACACCCGCCAACAUCGCCAGACGCUCAUGUUCUCCGCCACCAUGCCACGAACCGUGGUUGGUCUGGUCAGAGAGACCAUGAAGCCGGACUUCAAGUUUGUCCGGACGGUUGACCCAGAGGAAGCCGCUACGCACGAGUCCGUGCCACAGCACAUUGUCUUUCUGCCGGGAAUGCAGAAUCAGAUUCCAGCAUUGACUGAGAUCGCCUGGAACGCCAUGGAGGCGCAUCGGAGAGACCCGGAAAACAACAUGCCUUUCAAAGCAAUCGCUUUUUUCAGGUCGCUGAACGAGGUCAACGUAGCAUACGAAACCAUGAAAAACUUGCGCGACCCAACAACCAAUGGAGGAAUGUUUGCUCCUCACCCACUCGCACCAUGCAAAAUCGUUCAAAUGUCAUCCCAACUAGAUCAGCGGCAGAGAACUGCGAAUGCGCAAGCAUUCCGGCAGGCUGAAUGCGCACUGAUGAUCUCCUCGGAUGUAACAGCCCGAGGAAUGGACUUUCCUAAUGUGUCUCAUGUCAUUCAAAUCGGCGCACCUCAUAGAAAGGAAGAUUACGUCCACCGUCUGGGCCGGACUGGGCGUGCUGGCAAACCGGGCCAAGGCUGGCUUCUGCUACAAAACGACGAGAGGAAUGAUUAUAGACAACUGGCAAAAAGCAUCCACGCGCACAAUAUUUACGAGGACACGAGCCUGGACACGGCAAAGUUGGAUAUGACCCAACCCACGCAACUCUCACCACAAACUGCCAAGAUCAUGCAAAUGGUUGAAUCAGGCGUCCGGCAAGUUUCCAGGAUUGACAAGGCAAAGGCAUACCAGAGCUUGUUGUCCGUGCUGAACAUGUCUGGAAAUUCCUCGAGACAAGAGAUCGUCAACCAAGUGAACGAGCUUGCGACCUAUGGAUGGGGGCUUGAAUCCCCACCUGCAGUGACGCGAAGCUGGGCUGAUAAGAUAGGAUACGGCGGUGUCCCAGGGCUCCAUUUCCGAGAGGAAAGCGAACGCGGUGGUACUUUUGGCGGUAGUUCGAGAUCCGGGUUCGGGGGUCGUCGUAACAGGUAUGACGAACGCGAUCCAUUCGGACAAGGUGCCUCUGGCGGCGGUAGGGGAACGUUCAGUCAGGGCAGCUCAUCCUUCAAUGACCGUGGCCGUGGCAGAUUCGGCGGCGAUCGAGGGUUCCGUUAA